AUGAUAGUUGCAACACUGAAUGUUGGAACCAUGACCGGCAGAGGCAUGGAGAUUGUGGAUCUAAUUGAGCACAAAAACAUCAAUACAAUGUGUGUUCCUGAAACUAAAUGCAAAGGGGAAAAGGAAUUACCAGUAACUGAGGGGAUCUGGAUAGGUGGGGAUCCAAAUGGACAAGUAGGAAUGGGAAACGAGAAUGCAGAAGACUGUAUGGGAGAGCAUGGUUAUGGAACAAGAAAUGAAGAAGGCUCACAUAUAGUGGCAAUGACACAAGCAUUCAGACUGGCAAUGGUAAACACCUAUUACACAAAGAAAGAUCAACAAUUAAUCACAUAUAGCGGUGGUAACGAUAGAACCCAGAUCGACUAUACCCUAUGA